UGAUCAUUCAACAACUGCACGUUCGUCCUUCCACUCGCAGUGUUAACCUGGCAGGCGGUGGAGGAAGUUAUAUUGACAUUUUGUUUAUGACCGAGUGUUACCAAGUUACCGAGGAAAUUGACUGAAAGAUGGUCUUGCGUAGUUGGCGUUGCCCCCACAAUGGAAAACACUUUCGCUCCAUUUCCUAACCAGCGCGACGUCCUGAAGCUAAGUCUCAGUCAGAGAAAUUUCGCAAGAGACAUGUAUUUGAAACUGGCCCGCAGUUCCCCAGGCAAUAUAUUCUUCUCGCCCUUCACCAUCAUGACAGCGCUCGGCAUGGUUUACUCGGGAGCCCAAAGGAACACCGAGCAGGAAAUGAAGACAGUCAUGAACUUGUCUCAGGACAGAAUUAGUCUUCAUAGAGCGUUCAAGGACGUCAUAACAGACUUCCAAAAAAAAGGCGGACCAUUCGAACUAUGCACGUCGAACAUAGCUUACGUCCCCGAUAGCGUACAAUUGCUGCCGAACUACAAAGCCAUCCUGUCCAACACGUAUCAGAGUUACGCCAAAUCUGGUAACUUUCAUAAACCCGAGUUACUCAGAGAGGAAAUUAAUGACACGGUGAAAUCUCAGACAAACUCGCGUAUUUUGGAACUCAUGCCCGAAGGUGACAUUCUGAAAGUGUUGAUUAGUUUUCCUGUUCCUUGUGAGAGAUGUGUUUGUUUUUGGGUGUAUGGGAUAUGUAUGUUAUUUCAGACAAAUAGGUUUGUGGGCUGAUUAACAGGUGAAGAUACUGUUGCAUAUGGGUUAAUAUACUGCAAGUUUUCGAUAUUUGUUCUGAUGAAAUACAAACGAAAAUAAUAAUAGAUUAAGAAACAUGCGAACCAAGGAGCAGCCACGUAAUUAGCAAUAUAAUAUUCUCUUUCGAACAGGAGUG